GUGGGAUGUGACAGCAAUAUGGCUAUCUGGUGAUUAACAAUCGAACGGGGACGGACAAAGGAGCAGCGCAGUUCUUAUGAUAAUAGACGACGCAGCUCUCCUCCGCGACGCAUCAUUGUUCCGUUGUUUUGUACGAGGCUAGCUAAACGAACGGGACAAGAUGCUGGAGCUCGAGGUGGUGCCCGAGAAGUCCCUCGGAUGCGAGCAAUGGGAAUUUAUUUUGGGUAUGCACUUUUCUCAGUCAGUAUCGAUAAUACAGUCUCAAGUCGGAGUUAUAAGAGGAGUGCAAGUACUUUAUAGCGACACUAAUCCGUUAGAUGUAGAUCUAGUAAUAAAUUUACCUCACGAUGGCAUUCGGCUUAUAUUUGAUCCUGUUGUACAAAGGCUUAAAAUAAUUGAGAUUUAUAACAUGAAAUUAGUAAAAUUGAAAUAUUGUGGCUUGCCAUUCAAUUCACCGGAAGUGUUACCUUCAAUCGAGCAAAUAGAACAUUCAUUUGGUGCGACUCACCCGGGUGUUUAUGACAGCGAUAAACAGGUGUUCGUAUUGAAUUUUCGAGGACUGUCGUUUUACUUUCCAAUCGAUUCAAAAUUUCAUCCUGGUUAUGCCCAUGGAUUAGGCUCAUUACAGUUUCCUAACGGAACUUCUCCUUUAGUUGCAAAAACGGCGAUUUACGUUGGAAAUAUUCUAGCCGGUGGUAGCGGCGAAGAACAUGGUUCUAAGACACCGCCACCACCUUUACCACUUGUUUGUUACCAUAAUAACUUGUACUUGGAGAAAGCUGAUAUCAUUCGAGACAAAGCACGUACUCGAGGACUUAGAUUACAUCUUUUCACGGAGGGUAGUUCUGGAACGAGAGCAUUGUUGGAGCCGAAGAAGCGAUGUCUGACCAAAGAGGUAUUGUUCGGUGAUACAUGCGAGGACGUUUUAAGUGCGCUUGGUGCACCGUCUAGAGUAUUCUACAAAGCCGAGGAUAAGAUGCGUAUCCAUAGUCCACACGCGCACAAACGAGACAAGACAAGGCGGUCAGACUUUUUCUAUAAUUAUUUUACUUUAGGUCUGGAUAUCUUAUUCAAUGCUAAAACCCAAUGUAUAAAAAAGUUUGUACUUCACACGAAUUAUCCAGGACAUUAUAACUUUAAUAUGUACCACCGUUGUGAGUUUUCUUUGACUCUGCCCCCUGAAAAUAAUUCCACGGAAUCGGGAAAGUUGAUUGACGUUUCCCCAUCUCCUGUUACAAUCACUGCCUAUACAAAAUGGGAUAGAGUGAGCGAGCAAUUGAAAGCAAGUGUGCGACCAGUAGUUCUGAAUCGUGCAUCUUCGACAAAUACAACCAACCCAUUUGGCUGUACGUUUUGUUACGGCAUACGGGACGCGAUUGUAGAAGUUAUGGCGAAUCAACAUAUCGCAAGUGUAACUUUAUAUAGAACUGCGUGACGUUGAUAAUUCAUACUAUGUAAAGCAUUACGUAGCAUGAUUCAUGACGAACAGUUGAGGACAAGAAAUUACUUUUAACUAACUUUACGAGAUUUUAAGUUUACCGAUUAAAAACAACGGGAUGUGACGAUAUCGAAGUGUAAAGCACUCUAUCGGGAAGCUUUUUUAAUAUAUAACCAAUUAUUUUAGAAUACAGGGAUGAUAAAUAAGUGUUACGUAAAGUGUGAAUAUUAAGACAACUAAACGAUGACCGUAUAAGAUAUAUAUAAAAUUCAGGUGCAAAAAAUA